UAACGUAUCAACAAUUCCAAUCUUCACGUGUCACAAAUUCUCUCUCUCGCCUUCAAGGAUUUCACAGCUCCAGUUUUCUUUAUUUCUGGAUUUGUUUGAUUCUUUGAUCUCUUGGAUACAGCUCGAAUUCGAACGAAUCCGUUGAGUCUAGGGUUUCUGCGGAUUCUCCGGUCGAUUCUAGCUCUACUUUUGCGCUGUUUGUUUCGAUUGCUGCUUCUGGUUUGAGUUGAAAGUGGGUGGAGCUCUGGAGUUCUUCUUGAUUGCCAAUGGCGGAUCACCUGGAUUCGGACUCCAGUCCGAAGGCGUCGAGCAGUUCGGAUUCAAAUUCCAGCGACGAGGAGGAGAAGCGGGUUGCCGCAAUCCGGACGCCGGCCCACACCGACGAGGAUCCGAGUGCGUACGCUGAUCCCGAGUCCCCGAGUACCGGUCAGCAAUCUUCGGAUGAGAGUGGGAGCAGCGACGGAGUGCUGGUCGAGCUCCCCGCGAACCCAGAUCAGGAAUCCAGAGGCUUGCGAGGGGGCCGAGACAGUGGCAUUCUGGUAAACAUUGAUGGGUCGAUGCAGGAGCCGCCGGACGAGGGGGACCGGGGGGAGGAUGCGGGGAAGGAGGAGACUUUUGAGGACGCAUCGGACCAACUGGGCAUGGUGAGCAGGCGGAGCAGCGGGCUCGAGGAGUCAAUGGCCGUAAUUGAGGUGGGAGAUAGCGCCGGGGACAGACUGGCUGCUAGUGAUCUUGCCCGGGUCCGGGCUCGGCUUGAGGACACCAUGGCCGAGUGCAGAAAGUAUAAGGAAGAGAGGGAGGUGUUUGGGAGGCAAGUUGUCGCUCUACGCCAACAACUUCAAGAUAUGAUCAAUAAACAGUCAGUACGUGCUGAAAACAAUGCUGAAUUGGUUGGUCAUCUUUGCCGGAUGGACACAGGUGAAGGCGAGGAGGACAAGGUGUUGUCGUCCCCCACGCCGUUGCACAGGAUGUUAGGUGAUUGCUCUAAGUUUAUGCAUCAUUUGAAUGGCAUUCUAGGUGAGCAGUUAAAUUCUGAUAACACAGUUAGAAAUCUCCAGUCUGUUCUUUAUUCAAAAGAUCAAGAGAUUGAAGACCUCAAUGCGAAAGCCUCAGAAUUUUUGAUGUCUCGCGAUGUCAUCCUUUCUUACUUGGAUUCACUUCGGGAGGCAUGGUCUGUGUCUUUGAAAGAGUCAUCUGAUGAUGUUUCCAAGAGGUUGUUAGCUUCCCUUGCUUCAGUAGCUGGACAAGAACAUGGGUCUUUGGAAGAUUCCACUGCUGAUGGAAUGUCUCUUGUUGAGAGGAACACCUUGCUGUUGAUAGAAAAGCACAUGCAGUUCUUAUCAGAUAUCCAACAGCUUGGGCAGUGCUUGGCAGAGAUCAGGCCCGACUUUUCAAAUUCACAAGAAAAUGAAUCGGGUAUUAUUUUUAGUAUUGCUUGUGAAGAGUUGCUUGAAAGAAAGAGAAAUGAAUCUUAUCUUCAGGAAAAGAUGUUUAAGCUUGAAGAUGAAAACAGGGAACUGGAUGAACAGGUCGAGAAGAUGAAAGUGAGUUUAGAAGAGGCAAAUGCCGAGACAAGCAAAACUAAGAUCGAACUUGAGCAAACAGAGAACAAGUUGGCGGCAGCCAGAGAGAAGCUCGGCAUUGCAGUGACAAAGGGGAAAUCAUUGGUUCAGCAUCGUGAUUCCUUGAAGCAGUCAUUGGCUGAGAAGACGAGUGAGCUUCAGAGGUGCAUGCAGGAGUUGCAACAGAAGUCUGAUGCCUUACAAGCUGGCAAAGCCAGUGCUAGUGAGCUGAAGCAGUUAGUAGCUAAGAAGACGAGUGAGCUUGAGGAGCGGAUCCAGGAGUCGCAACAGAAGUCUGAUGCCCUUCAAGCUAGUGAGGCCUGUGCUAAUGAGCUGAAGCAGUUACUAGCUGACAAGGUGAGUGAGCUUGAGCGGUUCAUGCUGGUGUUGCAACAGAAGUCUGAUGCCUUACAAGCUACAGAAGCCACUGCUGACGAGUUGAAGCAGUUAUUAGUGGACAGGACAAGUGAGCUUGAGAGGUGCAUGCAGGAGUUGCAACAAAAGUCUGAUGUGUUACAAACUACUGAAGCCACUGCUGAGGAAUUGAAGCAGUUAUUGGUUGAAAAGAAAAGUGAGCUUGAGCAUUGCUUGACAGAGUUGCAACAAAAAUCUGAUGCACUACAAACUACAGAAGCCAUUGCCGAGGAGUUGAAGCAGUUAUUAGAUGACAAGACAAGUGAGCUUGGGAGGUGCUUGGUAGACUUGCAAAAGAAAUCUGAUGCCCUAGAAACUGCUAAAGCUAGUACAGAGGAGCUGAAUGAAACAAACACUUUGGUUAGUUCCCUAAGAGAGUUACUCUCACAAAGAGAUGUGAUUCUUCAGGAAAUAGAAGAAAUCAUGUCAACCGAUUCCACACAAGAACUGCAUUCCAUGAAGGUCAUAGAUAGGGUAAGGUGGUUCGUGAAUCAAAAAAAUGUUGCAGAUAUCAUUUUCCUGGAAAACCGCAAAGCUAAAGAUGCCUUGUCCUUGAUCGAGCUACCAGAGACCAUUUCAUCAAGUGAAUUAUAUUCUCGAAUCAAUUGGCUUGUGAACUCAUUUACUCAGGCUAAAGAUGAUAUUGUCAAGCUGCAGGAAGAAAUUGCUAGCACCCAGCUUGCGGUAGCGUCACAUGAAUCAGAAUUGUCAGAAACACACAAGGAAAUAGACUGCCUGGCCAAGUCUCUCUUGGAAGAAAAACAAGCAAAGGAAUCUCUCCAAAACGAGCACAAAUACCUAAGAUGCAAAUAUGAAGAGAUUGCUGAAAAGUUGUCUAUGCUUUCUUCUGAAAAAGAUGGGUUGAUGAAGGUAUUACUGCAAAUCUCUGAAAGCGCGGUGGAUGAUCAACCAUCGGUUGAUGUGAAUGUGAUGAUAGAGAAAUGUAUGGCUAAAAUCAGAGAAAGGAUAAAAACCUCUAUUGCUGAGAGUCAACAGAUAGAAAGGAUGAAAACUUUAUUGUUUGUAAGCAGUCAGGAACUGAAGCUAUGUGAGAUGAUUCUGGAUGAAGAUCUGAUCGAGAGGUCCACAAUGAUGAGGCUAUCAGAUGAGUUGGGAAAAGUGUCAGAGGAAGUAGUUGUUUUGAGAAAUGAUAAAGACUCCUUACAGAAGGAGCUUGAGCAAGCUGAGGAAAAAUCUUCUCUUCUUAGGGAAAAGUUGUCAAUGGCUAUAAAGAAAGGAAAGGGUUUGGUGCAAGAACGUGAAGGAUUUAAACACUCUCUGGAUGACAAAAAUUCUGAAAUUGAGAAGCUAAAACAUGACCUCCAGCUAAAAGAUUCUGCAAUCAAUGAUUACCAGGAGCAGAUCAAGAGUUUAUCUGGGUUCCCUGAGUUCAUUCAGAAGCUAGAGUCAGAUAUUGCUUCCUUGAAAGAUCAAAGAGAUCAAAGUGAACAGAUCUUGCAUAAAAGCAAUAGUACAUUACAAAGAUUAGUUGAUUCCAUAGAAAACAUUAUUCUUCCUACUGAUAAUAUAUUUGAAGGGCCUAUAGAAAAGCUGAACUGGAUUUCAGAGCACAUUAAAGAAUUACAACUUGCUAAGGCUCGUGCAGAGGAAGAGCUAGAUAAAGCUAAAGAGGAAUCUAGCUUGCAUGCUAGCAGGUUAGCGGAUGCCUCUGCAACUAUAAAAUCCAUAGAGGAUAGAUUAGCUGAUGCAGAAAAUUGUAUAUCUUUCAUCUCUGAAGAAAAGAAGGAUAUGCAACAUGGUAAAACUUCUAUAGAGCAAGAGUUGGAGAAAAUGAGAGAGGAAGUUUCUAUGCAGGCUAGCAAGUUAGCAGAUGCUUACGCAACCAUAAAAUCACUGGAAGAUGCCUUAUUACAGGCAGAAAGGAACAUUUCUCUACUGGAUGCUGGAAAGAGUGAAGCAGAAACCAAAAGCAAAGAGGAGAUCAUUGCACUGAAUGCCAAGUUAGUUGAGUGCAUGGAAGAGUUGGCAGGAACUCGUGGCAGUUUAGAAAACUAUGCAGCUCAGAUGAAUAGUCACUAUGGACAUCUUCAGAUGUUUAUGAAAGAUGAAGCCCUAAUAUCCUUAAUGACUGAAGAAUUCAGGAAAAAGUUUGAGAGCUUGAGAAGUAUGGGCCUUCUAAUUCACAAUAUGCAUGAGCAGGUUGAUGAGAAGGGACUACAUCUUCGCCCUGACUUGGAGCAUGAUCAUGAGUUUGCAAAGCUUCUCUCCCUGCCCAAAUUUGAAGAUUUUUUCAACAAUAGAAUGCUUCAUAACGAGACAAGCACACCUGAUCUUGGUGAUGUUUCAUCCUUGGCUUCAAUCAUAGAAGGACUGCAUGGCCAAACUAAACUUCUCAGUGUCAGAUUUGGGAGUUUGUCUAAGUAUAUGGAUGACCAUAUUGCACUUGUAUUGCAAGGUUUGCAAGCAAUGAGGGAUGUAUUCAUUCAUAUGGUUGAAUUCAGUGAAUCCUUGAAGUCAGACGUGGUUAAGUUGGAAGCUCAUAACCAGGCUCAAGAAGUCAAAGUUGUUUCUUUACAAAAAGAGAUGACUGCACUUUUUUCAGCAUGUGUGGGUGCUACGCAAGAACUUCAAAUUGAAUUCCAUGAUUUAAUGAAUUCAGAAUCAAACACAGAGCAAGACAUAAUGAAUUCUAGUUUGCACUUGAGAUCCAGAGAAGCCGUUUCAAGUGGGGUAGAAUCCAGGUAUGCUGAUGAAUAUGCGAAGGCUGCAGAUGAUCUAUUACGUGCUGCCAGGAGGGUCAAAAUUCAGUACCAACAAUUAGCAAAUAUCAAGGAAGUCUGGGUAACAUCCAUAGAUGAUCUGAAAGACAGAUUGAAACAUGCUGAGUUGACUGCUGAAACUGCCAUACAAGAUCGGCAUCUGAACCAAGAAAAAGUUUCUAUAAAGGAGAGGGAUCUUGAAGCACUGCAAGAGAUCUGCACUGAAAUGAAAUCUAAGUUAGAAAAUUAUCAGGCCAGAGAGGAUAUGUUGAGGUAUAAAGAAGAAGAAUAUUUGUCUCUACAACACACUCUAACUGCGAAAGAAAGAGGAAUAGGUGAUCAACUAUUCUCACAAGACCAACUGGAAACCUUUGUUUAUAAAAUAAAUGACAUAGAGAUUCCAUUUAACGAGUUGGAAACACAGAGCCAAGAAUUUCAUUUCUCAAGUCCUGUUGACAAACUCUUUUAUAUUAUAGAUAAAUUCAGCGAGCUGCUGCACAGGUUGGAUACUCUUACUGAUGAGAAGGAAGAUAUGCAGUUGAUUAUUGCAUCCCAUGUUCGUGAACUUGAACAAUUGAGAAAGGCUGCUGAAGCCAUUGAUACUGAUUAUCAGGAAUUGGAAUCAAAGAAGUCUGAGUUAUUUGAGUUGACUGUUGGUCUGGAAAAAAUCAUUCACAAGAUGGGAGGAAAUGAUUCAAUUGAAGAUCAGAAACCCAAGGCAAAAGCCCUUGUGACAGUUCUGGAAAGACUGGCGACAGCUUCAAGUAUGGAAUCCGAAAAUUCGAAGACUAGAAUACGGGAACUGGGAACUAAGUUGCAGGAAAAGGAAAGGGUUGUGGAUGAAUUAUCAACAAGAAUUAAGAUGCUCGAAGUGUCAAUUCAUUCUCAGCUUGCACAGCCUGACACCAUAAAAGAAAGGACCGUAUUUGAAGCAUCUCCAGCAGCAAUAGGAUCAGAGAUAUCUGAAAUUGAUGAUGUGGGGGCAGUUGGAAAGAACUCAAUAACGCCCUUCCCCACUGCUGCACAUGUGAGAACAAUGCGGAAGGGGUCGACUGACCACACUGUUCUUAGUAUUGAUUCUGAGUCAGAUCGGUUAAUUGCUGCCCAGGAAACUGAUGAUAAAGGUCACAUUUUCAAAUCUCUGAACACAUCAGGUCUCAUUCCCAAGCGAGGAAAGUUGAUUGCAGAUAGAGUUGAUGGUAUCUGGGUUUCCGGAGGUCGGAUAUUGAUGACCCGCCCGGGAGCAAGGCUAGGUCUCAUAGCAUAUUGGAUCUUCUUGCACCUAUGGCUGUUAGGCACCAUUUUAUGACAUUGCAGAGCAGUGGACACCAUUAAUAGCUUGCAAAUUGUACCAUAGAAUGUAUAAUUAUGGUUUUAUUUACUUUAUAUUAUUUUUUUUACAUGUCGUCUAUAGGUCAUUCAUUUUUUUUCUUGUCCACAUAAAUCUGUAUUCAAGCAUUCAUUUGAUAUCAUACAUGGAUGUAAGUUAAUGAGAUAAAUAUCAUUCUUGAGUAGAUUCAAGUCGGGAGGUGCAUUGCUUUG